AUGGAACCAAUUAUUAUUGAUAAUUUGUAUGAAUUUGGUAAUGAAGAAGUUCGACUAGGUAUUGAUGAAGCUGGAAGGGGCCCCGUGUUAGGGCCUAUGGUAUAUUCUGGUUUUUAUUGCAAUAAAGAGCAUGAGAAACUAUUAAAAGAAAUGAAGAUUGAUGAUUCAAAAAAGAUAACUGAAGCAGAUAGAGAAAAAAUGUUUGUAAAAUUAAAUAAUAGUAAAUUACCAUUUGGUUGGAGAGUACAUAUAUUAUUACCACAAGACAUAAGUGCUAAAAUGUUAAAAAAACAGAAAUAUAAUUUAAAUGAAAUAUCACAUGAUACAGCUAUAUCUAUAAUUGAACAUGUUAUAAGUCGAGGAUGUAAUUUAACAGAAGUUUUUGUAGAUACUGUAGGGAAAGCAAGUGUAUAUGAAGAAAAAUUACAAAAAAUGUUCCCACAUAUAAAAUGUACAGUAAAAGAAAAAGCUGAUUCUUUAUAUCCAGUAGUAAGUGCUGCUUCAAUUUGUGCUAAAGUUACACGUGAUUUUCUUUUAAAAAAAUGGAAAUAUGAAGAACCAAUUAUUAAUAUAGAUAAUGGUUUUGGAUCUGGUUAUCCAGGAGACCCAGUAACCAAAAAUUUCCUAAAAAAUAAUUUUGAUUCAGUUUUUGGAUUUCCUAGUAUUGUGCGUUUUAGUUGGUCAACAGCUGAUACUAUGUUGGAAAAUUCAGGAGAAAAAAUUGAGUGGUAUGAUGAUGAAGAGGGUAAUGAUUCAAAAGCCAUCAAAAGGAAAAUACCAUUUGAUUAUAGCAAAUUUAAAUUACCAUUAAUUAAAAGGUCAACAUUCUAUUCGAAAAAUGGUUUAGAUUUGGUGGAAAAUUUAUAA